GCGCUGGGCUAGGGCCCAGCAGGUGUGGGGUUAAGCCCGUUCCGGGGGGCCCCGGGAGCAGCCGCCGCCGCCGCAGCAGCAGCAACUCCACCAGCAGCGGUGCUGGCAGGCCUGGCCCCGGGCCAGCUGGCCGGGAGCCCCAGGAGGCAGUGAGGGCGGAGGAAGGGGAGGAAGAGGGGAAGGAGGAGGAGGAGAGGAGCAGUCAGCAGGCUCGAGGAGGCAGGACUUCCUGGUGUGGGGGUUGUCAACAGCCCAGAAAGAGAAAGGCAGAGAGACAGAAACGAGAGGAGCCGAGAAGCAGAGAGAGACCCAGCCGUGCCACGCGGAGGAGAUUUGGGAGACCCACUCGCCCCAACCACUCAGGCGGCUCCACCUGGAGGAUCCGGGGGCAGAGCCGCCUCUUCCCGCACCGGUCCGGAGACCCUUGGGGCUUUAGAGGCCGCGCCUGGGCUCCGCCAAGGAGGCGGGGGAAUCCUUCUUUUCCGGAGAGCAAACUUUUACUGAGAUGCCUUGUGGGGCAAAGUGCGGCCCCCGAAGAGAACUGGACAGCCUCUGAUUCCCGCCUGCGCCCCCCGCGCUGCUGGGGCCAAGAGGCCCCAGGGGAAGGACAGCCCGACAUCUUAGGCGGCCGGGACCCCUGGCCCAGCUCGGUGGCCGAGGCCGAGAGUUUGCAAACUCAGCUCUGGAGUUGGGCAGCGCCAGCGGCAGGAAAAACCUGCCCCUGCCCCCACCUUCUGCCGCCUCCCCUGCCCUGUGCUCCCUUCACCAACCCGGCACCCCCAGUUCCUGCAGGGCCCUCCCGCCAUGUCGGACCCAGAUGUCCCCAGGGGCCCUGAUGCCCCCGCCAUGUGGCCCCCCAGUUCCAGGGGUGCCUGAGCCCCUUCAAGGAGCCCCAGCUGCACCCCCGCCCACCUUGGCCGAGUCCUAGCCCCAGGGACCAUGAGUGGGGGCAAGAAGAAGAGUAGUUUCCAAAUCACCAGCGUCACCACGGACUAUGAGGGCCCAGGGAGUCCAGGGGGUUCUGAGCCCCCUGCCCUGCCCGCCCCCACUGGGCCCCCACCCCGCCUGCCUAAUGGGGAGCCCAACCCCGAGCCGGGGGGCAAGGCCACCCCCCGGAACGGCUCCCCACCGCCUGGGGCCCCUGCCUCCCGUUUCCGGGUGGUAAAGCUGCCCCACGGCCUGGGAGAGCCUUACCGCCGAGGCCGUUGGACGUGUGUGGAUGUUUAUGAGAGAGACCUGGAGCCCCCUGGCUUUGGCCGGCUCCUGGAAGGAGUUCGAGGGGCUUCGGGAGGCACUGGGGGCAGAUCUUUGGAUUCCAGGUUGGAGCUGGCCAGCUUGGGCCUGGGUGCCCCAACCCCGCAGCCAGGCCUGUCUCAGGGCCCCACCUCCUGGCUCCGUCCGCCCCCCACCUCCCCUGGACCUCAGGCCCGCUCCUUAACCGGGGGGCUGGGCCAGCUGGCAGUGCCUGGCAAGGCCAAGGUGGAGACACCCCCACUGUCUGCCUCCCCACCCCAACAGCGCCCCCCAGAGCCUAGGACUGGGGAUAGCGCCAGCACGACCCGGGCUGCCACGCCCCUGCCCUCCCUGAGGGUGGAAGUGGAGGCUGGGGGCUCAGCAACAGGGACCCCUCUGCUGUCCCGGUCGAAGGAUGGAGCCCUGCGGCUGAGGAUGGAGUUGGUUGCUCCAGAGGAGAUGGGGCAGGUGCCCCCGAUCGACUCUCGCCCUGGCUCCCCAGCCCUCUACUUGUUCCCCGAUGCCAGUCUGGUUCACAAGUCUCCAGACCCCUUUGGAGCAGCGGCAGCCCAGAGCCUCAGCCUGGCCCGCUCCAUGCUGGCCAUCAGUGGCCAUCUGGACAGCGAUGAUGAUAGCGGCUCCGGAAGCCUGGUUGGCAUUGACAACAAGAUCGAACAAGCCAUGGACUUGGUGAAGUCCCACCUCAUGUUUGCGGUCCGGGAGGAGGUGGAGGUGCUGAAGGAGCAGAUCCGAGACCUGGCUGAGCGGAAUGCCGCGCUGGAGCAGGAGAAUGGACUGCUGCGUGCCCUGGCCAGCCCUGAGCAGCUGGCCCAGCUGCCCUCCUCAGGGGUCCCGCGGCUUGGGCCCCCUGCGCCCAAUGGGCCCUCCAUCUGAGCCUCCCUUCCCUCACAAUGUGCCUUUGGGGGCUUCCACAGCUGCCAGGCCUUGUGCCAGCUGCCCGCCCCCUCUUCCUAUGCAGCUUUAAUGCCUCCUGAUCCCUGGGGAUGGGAGUUGAAGGGUCAGAAUUGGCUUGUCCGCCCGCCCCACUCUUCCUCAAUCUCCCCCUAGUGCCCAGGGACUGAGCUGCGGCAUCUCCAUGCCUUGAUGGAGGAGGGAGGGCUUCAGGAUGGGGUGUUAGAUGGAGCCCUCCUCCUCCUUCCCAAGAUGUCAGUGUUCUGGGACCCCUGGCAGUAGAUGGCUGGGGGCGUUGGAGUCUCCCUGGCAGACACCCCAUCCCCGCCUUGUUCCCUCAAAGUACCCCCUCUCCUCUGCCCAGGGGAGGGAAUAUGGACAGUCUGCGAGUUCUGGGAUUCAGGUUGUUAUUAAAAUAAUAAGUAUAAUUAAAAAAAAAUCCGAAGAAACUUGAAUCUG